CCAUGUUCAGUUCAUUCCCUAAAUUAAGAAGGUGUGGGGGGUUUGAACUGCUCCUCACCGAAGAGAAAAGCAGGACGCAGUUGCGAGUCAUGCACUUCGGUGCAUGCUCCACUGACGAACUCAAAUGCCUUGGAACUGGGCGGAUAUAUAUUCGUCCAGUCCAAGCGGACAUACCACUGAAAAGCCAACAAGAAGAUGAGGGAAUGAAAGAAGAGUGCCUGACUUGUGGAGCAUGUAUCCCUCUCUCCAAAAUGAGGGAACAUAUGGACUCUCAUUCUCCAGAAAGUACUGAAGUCAAAACCCAAGUGCAGGUCCCUGACGACGACGACGACGACGACGACGACGACGACGACAACGACGAACAUGACCUUGACCGUCCAACAUUUGACUACAACUCUUCUACUCAGUCCUCAAGCAAUACUUCGCGACCCGUUCGCAUUGAAACAUCUGCAAAGUAAGUUUCUUUUUUAUCUUGCUCUUAGAUAUCAUAGUUCCGUUUUAAAGCUUUGUUUCGACUAAUCUUGAGAAGUUAUCCCUCAGCAGCAUGUUAGUAGGAGAGUAAUAAUAUAG